AUGGGCAACACUGCCGCGAAAACAUCCAACAUCGCUUGGAGAUGGUCAAUCAGCCUGCUCACCCUGGCUCUGUUGGCUGGAUUGUACUCAUGGGCCGAUUCCGUCAAGUCUAAAUGGUACAUCUUCGACCACGUAGACCUGCAGAAGCUGGUUGACCAAAGCCUGGCCCUGUAUCCCAACUCAACAGCCGGCGUGGUUCACAACAUUGUUUCGACACUCCGCGAGAUACACGGACCUGUGCUUAUCGGCGUCGAUCCUUUCCCUGGUGCCGAUCCCAGCAAGCACGACAUCUCACCCGUCUCGCCAUAUCCAGGGCAAUGGAUGUUCAACAAUGCCGGUGGUGCGAUGGGUUCGAUGUACAUCAUUCACGCCAGCAUCACCGAGUACCUGAUCAUUUUCGGCACGGCGCUCGGAACUGAGGGCCACUCUGGCCGCCAUACAGCGGAUGACUACUUCAUGAUUCUCGAGGGUGAGCAGUGGGCUUAUCCGGCACACUCACUGGCACUCGAGCGGUAUCCUAGAGGAAGCAUGCACCAUCUCCCCAGAGGCCAGGUCAAGCAGUACAAGAUGCACCGUGGAGCGUGGGCGUUGGAACUGGCUCAAGGCUGGAUUCCUCCGAUGCUACCAUUUGGGCUCGCCGACACUGUAUUCUCAACGCUGGAUUUCCCUACGUUUGCCCGCACCGCGUGGUUGACGGGUCAGAAGAUGAUCGGCUGUCUGCUCGUUGGCAAGAUCUAG